AUGACGAUCAUGACGUUCAUUCUAGCGUACGUGUUACCCGCAUGUUUCAUAGUAUACACGUUGUUACAUUCUCAACUCUUCAUGUGGAACAGGCGGUUGAAGAUCCACAUGAUUUGCACCAAAAAUGCCGUCACCAAGAUGAGCCACCAACUUGCGCUUACCUUUAACCUUACCGCCGCCCUAUUCAUGCUGAUUUGGACCCCGUUUUUCAUACUAUCGAUCGUCGACAUUCAGACCGGUCUCAUUAACUCUAACCACCACGUCAACAUGAAUUUCACGCUCCGCUGCACGCUGCUAAUCUUUGGCAGCGCCAAGCCGCUCAUCUACAUCAUAUGUAUUGCUAAGUUCCGGCGAAGCUUGAGGUGCGGCUUUCCACCUGAAGACGAGAAUACGACGCGCGCGGACCCAAGUUCCACCGUCUCCCGGCUUAAGACCACCUCUGUUAAUCAGACGAUCAGCUCCCCGGUAACUAUGCUACCGCUUCCGGCCGUCUCAAGCGCAUGA